CGCAUUAUUCGGUAACCAGCAGUCCAAUUCUACAACUUGCCCUUGAGGCAAUCAAUCACAGAACUAAUGUUGCAUCUGUCGGCUUGACAGUUCUAGUUUCUCAAUUUUAUGUUUCCUGGAAAAUUUUGUGUAUGUGUAUUUAUUUUUAUUUGUAACUCUUAAAGAAAAUUUAUUCACUUAUUAGUUAAAUAAGUUGUGCUAAUGAAUCGAUCAAUAUUGAAAGUAAGAUCUUAAUUAUAUUGAUUUAUAUUUUCCAGGGUUAUAGUUAAACAUCGAGAAUGGCUGCAGAACAAGUAGUCGAUGGUACCUUGAGUAAAUCAACGACAAUUGGAGAAGCAGAUACAGGCGGUAUUGAAUAUGGUCUUCCUCUUCAGGAAGUUUACAAACUGGCCUUCAAUUUUUACAAGGAAAAAGAAGGCAAAGCUUUCCACUUUAGCUACGAGGAUAAAUUACAAUUAGUAGCAUUUUCACAGCAAGUUCUGCACGGUCCAUAUGCAGAAGCAAUUCACAAACUUCCAGCUUUAGGCACUCUAGAUGUUGUUGGUAGAGAUAGACGAAUAGCAUGGCAAAAGUUGGGACAACUUUCUGCUGAUCAGGCUCGAAGAGGGUUUGUUGAGCUACUUAGUAGAAGGUGUCACUUGUUUUUUACGUACAUUGAAGCACAUAGGAGAGAGAAGAAAGAGCAGGAAAGAAGAAUCAAAGAUGAAGAAUCAAGAAAGUUGAUCGAAGCUCAGGAGAAACUAAAGAAAGAGGAGGAAGAGAAGUAUUUGCAAGAACAAUUAUAUAAACAAGAAGCUAUAAAACGACAGAUCCAGCAAGCUUUAAAUGAGCAGACAUACAAUCAGUUCAGAAAGUAUGCAGAACAGCAAUAUCCAGGUAAUAAUUUGAAGAUUCAGAAUGGUUUCCACACAUUCAACUGCAUUGAUAUAUAGUUUAUUCA